AAAAGAAAAGCACGCAACAAGAAGGGCUUCCCCACACCAUCCUCACCCAACAAGAGAAGGAACCAGCCCAUUCCUGUUCCUCUACCACCGAACACACGCUUUCUUUCACGUUAACCUGCGCCCCUGCUUAUCCUGCGCACGCUUUCUUUUUUCCCCUUCCACACCCUUCUCUUUUCCUCUCUCCUUCUUCAGAUUCGGAGCACGGCGCCCCCAGUGGGAAAGGUUCGGGUGUUGGGGGCCUAGGGUUAGGGUUUCUGAGAGAUGUGGGAUGCUCCAGGCAUUGAUGAGUCUUAUCGCGCGCUGUUGGAAACCGUUCGGGCUCGGUGACGACGCCAAUGCCGGAAGAGAAUGCAAGGACGGCCUCCUCUGGUUCCGCGACAUCGGAAGGUUCGCCGCCGGCGAUUUCUCCAUGGCCGUCGUCCAGGCCAACCAGGUCCUCGAGGACCAGAGCCAGAUCGAGUCCGGGCCCUUCGGCACCUUCGUCGGAGUCUAUGACGGCCACGGCGGCCCCGAUUGUUCGCGUUAUGUUUGUGAUAACUUGUUCCGUAAUCUCCAAGCGAUAUUGGCCGAGUCACAUAAUAGUGUUGUGACAUCUGAGGCCAUUCAACAGGCGUUCCGGCGGACCGAGGAGGGAUUCACGGCGCUUGUUUCAGAGUUGUGGAGCUCCCGGCCGCAAAUUGCAACCACUGGAACGUGUUGUUUGGUUGGAGUUAUUUGUCGGCAGACGCUGUUUGUGGCGAGUCUUGGAGAUUCCCGUGCUGUGUUGGGUAGGAGAGUUGGCAACACUGGUGGGAUGGCUGCAAUGCAGCUGUCCACGGAGCACAACGCGAAUAUUGAGGCUGUUAGGCAGGAGCUUAAGGAAUUGCACCCGGAUGACCCCCAGAUUGUUGUCCUUAAACAUGGAGUGUGGAGAGUCAAGGGCAUAAUUCAGGUUUCUAGAUCUAUAGGUGACGUAUAUAUGAAACAUGCGCAGUUUAACCGGGAACCCAUUAAUGCGAAAUUCAGACUCCCCGAACCAAUGAACAUGCCUUUCUUGUCUGCUAAUCCAACUGUUAUUUCUCAUCCAAUCCAACCAAAUGAUUCCUUCCUUAUAUUUGCGUCAGAUGGUUUAUGGGAGCACCUGAGUAAUGAUCAAGCAGUGGAUAUUGUUCACAGCAGUCCACGUGCGGGUAGUGCGAAGAGACUUAUCAAGGCUGCCCUGCAAGAAGCGGCAAGAAAACGUGAAAUGCGAUAUUCAGACCUUUAUAAGAUUGACAAGAAGGUUCGUCGCCAUUUUCACGACGAUAUAACUGUUAUUGUUUUAUUCUUAAACCACGACCUUAUAUCCAGAGGCGCAGUUCUAAAUUCGCCACUCACAGUUCGAAGUGCGCUCGAUCACUGACACUAUUAUGAUUGUAAACACGUACGCUUCUCUUAUACGGGUGUUCUCCCAACUCUGCCAAUGCCACAAAAAUACUCAUUUGGCACGUUGCUAGAAUAUACCAUUCAUACUGCUCCUACGUAUGCUCACUCAUACCCAGACAACUUAUUCAUGCUCCAACUUGUAACACUUUUUAGAAAUUUGUCCAUCAAAACCAAAAGAAAAAAAAAAGGGGAAAGAAAUCAGAAAGUAACUUUUGAUUAGCAAUUCGCCAAA